UCUGCCUGUCCACAAUUGCGCUCCAUCCAUUCAGCACAUUCUCCGUGGCACAAAGACUCACUCAGUCAAGCGAGAAAUCGUCGUCCAGCAGUGAUUUCGGUUGAGCCGGCUGUCUUGUCCUCGCUGCCCCACUUGUAGCUCUUCGAGCCUGAUCCGGCCGCAGCUCGGCCGGCCGGGCAUAUUCUUGUCCCUGCUGCUUCUUAGGCUCGCUCCCAGCCUUUUCCUGCUCGCUCCCAGCCUUUUUCUGCUCCAUUUUCUCAUCUCCUUGACGAAUGGCUCCCUGGAGAGACUCAGCAAUGUCGCAGUCCGUCACCCGAUGCCACGAGUUGGUCCUUGUGCCAUGUAGCAACUGGUCAAAGAAGUCGAGUCUCGCCGCCAUGCGGUAGUGGUCGUAGCCCACACACUCUUUCCAUUGCUGGCCCGUUUCCUGGCAGAGUGCCUGGGUGAAGGAGUGGCACAGCUCACGGCGGCACGCAGACGGCAGCACGCUUGCUGGUUUGCCUUCGGGGAAUCGCCUUGGCGGACUUGUGCAGGGGCAUAGUUGCUGCAGGAAGCGAAGCUCCCUUCUGUUUGCCAAUGUCACAGUGGCCGUGUCCCAAUUCGUCUUGAGAGAGACGUCGACUCGAGUCCUGUUGUUUGGCGACGUCAUUUGACGCGUGUAGGUCCAGGUUCCCACAGCGACGAACUCUGCAGGAAGGAUAUAUAAAGGGGAGAGAAGAGGCCACGUCCCUGGUCGACCUCAGGAGGCCAUACAUGUCUCAAACGCACCAUAUACUCUGGAAGCGCUCUCACAUCUGGGCGAGCGGAAGGCUGAGACGAUGUGGUAAACAGUCGAGGUCGUGUAGAGCACCGUGCUUGACACGUAGGUCCCCUCGCCAGAAUGGUACACGCACUGAAUCACCCACGUCCCACCUGCCAAUCGACAAGCAAACAAGACAAGACGGCGUUGCUCUCUCCCUCCCGUCUACUGUCUGCCUGUCUGUGUGUGUGUGUGUGUCUGUCUGUCUGUCUGUGCGUACACAUUGCCUCCCUCGGCAAGAGGUCCCUUGGUUGCGGCAGCGGCCUCUCGUGAGGACGGUGCUCAGGCGUGAUAACAAUUGUUGUCGGCUGGGGAGGCGGAUAAACCGGGAUUGGGGCUGGCGGUGGGGGUGGGCCUGGGUGCACGAUGCGGACGGGCGCCGGUCCUGGCGGCAGUGGUGGGUGGGCUGCUGGAUGAAUGGGAGGCAGGUUGGGGUUCCUUGGUCGGUGGGCUCCUGGCACGACAGCAUGGAUGGGAGGCAGGUUGGGGCUCCCCGAACUGGUGGAGGGCGGAGGCACGUUGCUCUGAGUGUGGUGCACUGGCUGCCGGCGCCCCAGGAGCUCAAACCAUUUGCUAAGAGGGGGAAACAAGCGAUUGGGCUGAUUUGGGUUGGUGUAAGAGGGGAUGUGCUUGACGGACAGCUGACGGACGAAGCGAUGAGAGACUCGGCCUGACGACACACGUACUGUGACAAAGACUGAGACAAGAGCUUGAUUCGCUUUUGUUUCUCUCACCAAACGAUGUGUUCGCAGCCGCGAAGGCCAGAAAUAGGAUACGCUGCCACAGCCGACGCAUAGCCAGCCGAGAAAGGCGAAUGCAGACGCAGCUCCGACAGACUCUGCCUGCCGUUGCGCUUUGAGUUAAC